UGACGUGCUCUGGAGUGAUGGAUACCUUGAGUCCACGUGCUGACGAUGUUAUAAAUAAUGAUAACUCCCUCCACGUUGAAAUAAUCGACAAAAAUCGAACAUACUUCAAAUGCACGAUUUGUGGCCGAAAGCUGUCGAGGAAACAAAGACUCGAAACCCACUUGAGUUGUGUUCACGGCAAAGAAGGAUACCACAUUAGGAAGUACAAGAGAUACCUCGAAGAUCCCAGUGUACCAGUGCCUAAAUCAACGAAGUCUGACCGUAACAAGCGUUCAGCAACAUGUGCUAACACGGCCAGCACGAUUCCUGAGUCUAUCGAUUCCACUAAAGUAGCAGUGGUUCCAACAGUAUCAAGUGUGUCCCACAGCGAAGAAAUACUUGCACAGGAGAUAGAAGCGACUAUAUGCGAUUACAGAGGUGCGUUGGAAUUCUCGCCUUCCAAUAGAUAUGCACAGUCCGAAGCAUUCCCGAGCUUGGAAAGGGGUGUUGACAACAAAGACACGAGGUUAAAUGAAACACUUAGUGGAGAGAGGGAUAGUGAGUGCAGUGAGAUUUCUUCCAGCGAAGACUCUUGUUUAGUGACUUCUGAGUCUGAUGAGGGUGAAUUUGAAGGCCAGUGUUAUUCAUCAGAUGAAGAUGAACAAGAUGAUGACGAUACUGUCAAUGUUGAUUCUGGGUUGUUCACUCACGAUGAAAAAGCAUGCAAGGCAGUUUUGGCCUAUGUUUCAAGACACUGUAUGACAAAUGAAGCUGCGAAGGAUUUAAUCGAUUUGGUUAAAGUGACUUGUCCCGAAAGUGUAACUUUCAAGUCUCUCAAUUACAGAAAAGUUCAAGAAGUGUGCGGACAAUGUGAGUUCCACGUGUAUGACAUUUGCGAAGUAUGUCACAGGCUGUUUCCCUUGGAUGAUGAAAACAGCUUUCGUUGUUCCACAUCAGGCUGUGUGGGUCUCAGAUACAAAGGAAGUGAAUCCCAGCAAGGAAAAAAGGAGCACAAAAACAGUUUUGUCACAGUUAAUAUCAAAAACCAACUGAAGGAUCUUUUGCUUCGCAAAGAGGUAUGGUUCACCAUUCAAGAAAGAAUAAAACGCCGUGGUCAAUCAAUUUUAACAGACAUACUAGAUGGCAAGUUCUACAUGGCACUGUGCAAAGAGGGCCAAUUUCUACAUAGCAAGCUCAAUAUUAGCUUCAUUUUCAAUACAGAUGGUGCACCUCUGUAUUCAUCCUCCAGUGUUUCUUUAUGGCCAGUUUUCCUUGCUAUCAAUGAACUGUCAUCACCAGAAAGGUUUUCCAAACAGAACAUGUUAAUGUGGGGAAUUUGGCAGGGUAAAGGCAAACCACCAUUUCAUGUUUACUUUGAACCUUUUGCAUCUGAGAUGGUUCAUUUGUAUGACGAAGGUCUUCAGGUGAAACCAGAUUGUGAGGAGCUGCCAAUCACUAUUAAAGCUGCAGUAAUUCUGGGGUCCACUGAUUUGCAGGGCAAAGCAUAUCUCACUUGUAUGGCACAGCACAAUGGACAAUUUGGUUGUCUCACCUGUGAAGAACCUGGUGUUGUGGUUAAACAAGGAAAAGGGCAUACACGUUGCUAUCCCUACCGGACUCCCACUGAAGCAGUCUCAAAGCGUACCCAUGAGAGUUUUUUAAGGAAUGGUCUCUCUGGAAACAGAGAGAAUAAAAAGGUUGUAGGUGUCUAUGAUGUCACUAGCCUUGCAAUGAUGCCUUGGUUUGAUGUAGUAUUGGGUAUGGUUCCUGACUAUAUGCAUGGCUGCUUAUUGGGUGUUACAAAGACCCUUCUGUACAAAUGGUUCUCAGCAACUAAUUACAAGAAGCCAUACUUUAUUGGAGGACAGGUUAAAAGUAUCAAUAAACGCAUUCUCAAGAUGAGACCCCCAGACUUCUUGACACGUCUACCGAGAGACAUGGAGAAACAUUUUAAGAACUUGAAAGCUUCAGAGUUGCAGUCUUGGUUGCUGUACUAUUCACUUCCAUGCUUGGUUGGUUACCUUCCUGAUAAGUACCUGUGCCACUUUGCACAUUUGGCAGAGGGGGUUUAUAUUCUUCUUGGUGAUGGAAUAACACCAGCACAGAUUGCAAGAGCUCGAGAUCUCCUACAGACAUUCUACAAGGAUUUUCAAGAAUUGUAUGGUAAUGGCAGUUGUGGUCUCAAUGUUCACAACACUGGUGCCCAUCUAGCUGACUAUGUGGAAGGAUGGGGUCCACUGUGGGCAUGGUCCACCUUUGGGUUUGAAGACAUGAAUGGAACCAUUAUGGACUUGACACAUGGCACAGGAAAUGUUUGUAGACAGGUUGUAUGGAUGCUUCAUGCACAGAGUCGCUUAAGAUGUGAGGUAGAUAUGUUGGAAAAUGGUGUGGUCAAGGAUUUUGUCAAAAGAAUGCUGAACACCAAAAGAGAAGUUAAAAAUCUUAAGAAGGCAGAGAAUUGCUUCAUUGCUGGAGGGGCCAAGAAAUUGGUAGGGCUACCACAGGAGAUAAUGGAGAUGAUUGAUGAGGAAGUCAGUGGAGGCAACAAAUUUAAAGUGCUACGAAUUGUAAAGAAUGGAAAAGUGUUUUACUCUAAGGAGUAUACCAGAAUGAUAAAGCGAAAUGCUUAUGUUGUCUUGUUUGUGUGUGGCAAGGUUGGAGAGGUAGAGUUCUUUGUGUGGGAUAGGCAGUCCGGGAUCACCUUGGCAGUUUUUAGAGAAGUGAAGCCGGAUCUCCAGAAUCCAUUCUUCUUUAGUGAGGCUGGUCAUCACACAUUAAGGAUGAAACAAGAAAGAUCAGAGUUUCAAGUGAAACGAAUUGAAGAAAUCAAGGAAAAGGUGUUAUUUCUUGAAGGGAACAGUGACCACCUCUGUCUUGUUCGCAUACCAAAUGUUUGCGGAGUGUGCGGAUGAUCAACGAGAAGUAACAUUUUGUAAGAAUAAAAAAAGGAAACAACUACAUCAAUCAGUAUCAAAAACAGAGCAAAAGAAAAAGCAGCAACAACAAUCUUGAAAAAAGAAAGAUUAACUAGGUGCUGAAUUUGUCAAAGGCUUGAAAUUUCUACUAACUAAAGGAUACAAUCUGAACAAAAAGUCUCUGAUAGUGUUUGGGGCAACUGAGCUUGACUUUCAAGGUUUUCCAACAGAGGCAACCAGUAAAUGUAUGUUAGGGAGGUAUUACUUACAUCCAUAUCCAACAUUAAGUUCUUUUAGCAUAGAUAACAGUAAUUAAUAAAUGUAAUUAUUGUUACACAUGUGGGAGGUGUGUAUCAAGGAACAGCUGAUGAAUGUUUUGUAAUUUUUGCACAUCUGUGGGCAUACGCUGGUAAAUUAUUUGGCAUCACAAUAAAAACGUUUGUGAUCAUGGAA